GGGGGCCCCGGGGGCACCGGCAGGGGACGGCGCACGGGGAUUCCCCCGCCGCUCCGUCCCCUCGCCGCUCCCGGGGGCUCCGGGAGGGGCCCCGGGGCUCGGGGGGGGUCACGGGAAGGUCCCGGUGUUCACGGCGAGCCCCUCUCCCCUUCCCCCCCCCGCUCGGUUCCCGGUACCGGCAGCCCCCGGAAAAGCGGCGGAGGACGAUCGAGGACUUCAAUAAGUUCUGCAGCUUCGUGCUGGCCUACGCCGGGUACAUCCCGGCGACCGCCGAGGUAACCGGGGAGGCACCGGGAGGGCGCCGGGGGUUACCGGGAGCUACCGGAGAGGCAGCGGGAGGGCCGGGGAAGCACCGGGAAGGCCGCGGAGGCAUCGGGAGGGAUCGCGUGGGGAACGGGAGGGCGCCCAAGGCCUGCGGGAGGUACCGGAGGAGCCACCGGGAGAAUACCGGGAGUUACCGGGAGGUACCGGAGGGGCUCCGGGAGGUCGCGGGGAAGCACCGGACGGGGUUUAAAGGGGCGGGAGGUCAGGGGUUUGGGGUCCCUGGAGGGGACAUGUGUGUCAUGGAUGAGGACAUCAUGGUGGAGUCGGGUGACGAUUCGUGGGAUUUGAUCACCUGCUACUGCCAAAAACCCUUCGCGGGCCGGCCCAUGAUCGAGUGCAGCCAGUGCGGCACCUGGAUCCACCUGUCCUGCGCCAAGGUGAAGAAAAACAACGUCCCCGACGUCUUCUAUUGCCAAAAAUGCCGCGAGGGACCCCGCAGGGCCGCCCCCGCCACCCCCCGAGCCACCGGGGACUCCUAAACCCCCUCCCCAAAAAGGGUUUGGGGGGUCCCCGGCCUCGCUUCUGGCAGGGUUUGUGCUCAAAAUCGGAAAUUUUGGGGUUGUGACCUUCCCUGGAAUUGUGGGCUGUGGAGGUUCCUCCUGAAAAUUAAGUUUUGGGCGGGUUGGGUCGUUCUCAAAAUGUGGAAUUUUGGCGGUUGGACGCCGGCCCGGAACGGUGAGGUUUGGGGUUUGUGACGUUCCCGCGAAAUUUGAGAUUUUGGGGGUUGCGGCUCUCCCUGGAAUUGUGAGGUUUGGGGGUUGGAAGGUGCCCAAAAUUGGAGAUUUUGAGGGUCGGAACCUCCCCCCUCUCCAAAUUGUGAGGGUUUGGGGUUCGUAAAAGCCCUGAAAUGGUGAGAUUUUGGGUCCAGCUCCCUCAAAAAUGGGGAGGUUUGGGGGGUCUUUUACCCACCCCCCCCCCCAUAAGUUGAGGGGUUUUGGGGUUCCGGUUCAAAUUUGGGGGUGGUUUGGGGUCCCUCAUCUGCAGGACAGGAGGGUUUUGGGGUACAAGAUUUGGGGGGCUCUUACCCCAAAUCAUGAGUUAUUUUGGGUCUCCCACCCCCAAGAUGGGAAGAUUUUGGGGGGGGUGGUCCCUCACCCCAAAUUAAGAUUGGGGGAGCCCCCCUUAGGGGAGGUCUGGGGGGUCCCCUACCCCAAAUUAUGAGAUUUUGGGGUCCCCCCAUCCCCACAAAAGGAGGGUUUGGGGGUCCUUUACCCCAGACAAAAAGGUUUUGAGAAGUCCCCCUAAAAUAGGGGGAUUUUGGGGUGUUCUUUGCCCGAGAUCAUGAGCUUUUGGGGUGUCCCACCCCCCAGAAAAGGAGAAUUUGGGGACCCCACACCCCCAAGUAAGAUUUGGGGAAAACUCCCCUAAAAGAGAGGGUUUUGGGGUCCCCUACCCCAAAAUAAGAGUGUUUUGGGGUUCUCUGCCCCAUGUUAUGAGGUUUUGGGCGCUCAGUUAAAAUUUGGGGGGACCCCACUAAGUUCAAGGGGUUUGGGGGGCUUUUAACCCCCCCAGGGCAUGAAGUUUGGGGGUCCUGUACCCCAAUUCAUGAGGUUUUGGGGUGUCUCAACCCCUGUACAAGAUUUUGGGGGUUUCCCACCCCUGAAGUGGGGAGGGGGAUUUGAGGGUCCCUCCCCCCAAAACUCUGAGGUUUUGGAAACAAGUUUUUUCAUGUGUGUUAUUUUUCUAAACGUUCCCUGCACCCCACUUUUUUGGGGGGCCCUCCCCCAAGUUUUUGGGGGUGUUUAGAGCACCAUUUUGCAGGGGGGGCACCCCCAAAACAGGAAGGGACUGCCCCAGUUUGGGGGGAGUUUGAGGGGGGAUUUGGGGGAUUCCCCCCUAAAACUCCCUCAGUUGGAAUUUGGGGGCCCCCCUCCCCACCUUUUAUUCCCUUCCCCUCUUUGUUUGAAGGAUAAUAUUUUGGAUUUUGGGGGGGCUGCAGCCCUUCCAGUUGUAAAUAAACAGCGCCGUUGCUUCGUACCUGGGCGGG